CAGCGGAGCGGCCGAGGCCGGACGUCGCGGCCGGAACGCGGAGCCGCGAGCAGGGCUAAGUAGCGGCCGCGGCCACCGCGUGACGGCGCCGCUCACCGCUACGGGCUUCCCGAUCGCCGUUGGCUGCACUGCCGGGGUACGCUGGCUCAUUUUGUGUCAUCUUAACACAAGUUAAUCAUUUUGGAAGAGGAAACCUCUUUGAGGAAAAUGUCUCCACCAGAUUGGCUUGUGGUGCAUUUUCUUGAUUGAUGAUUGAUCCUCAGUGAAUAUUUGGAUGAAGCCAUUAAAUUAAUUGCUUGCCAUCAUGAGCAGAAGCAAGCGUGACAACAAUUUUUAUAGUGUAGAGAUUGGAGAUUCUACAUUCACAGUCCUAAAACGAUACCAGAAUUUAAAACCUAUAGGCUCAGGAGCUCAAGGAAUAGUGUGUGCAGCUUAUGAUGCCAUUCUCGAAAGAAAUGUUGCAAUCAAGAAGCUCAGCCGGCCAUUUCAGAAUCAGACUCAUGCUAAACGAGCCUACCGAGAACUAGUUCUUAUGAAAUGUGUUAAUCACAAAAAUAUAAUUGGCCUUUUGAAUGUUUUCACACCACAGAAAUCCCUAGAAGAAUUUCAAGAUGUUUACAUAGUCAUGGAGCUCAUGGAUGCAAAUCUUUGCCAAGUGAUUCAGAUGGAGUUAGAUCAUGAAAGAAUGUCCUACCUUCUCUAUCAAAUGCUGUGUGGAAUCAAGCACCUUCACUCUGCUGGAAUUAUUCACCGGGACUUAAAGCCUAGUAAUAUAGUAGUCAAAUCAGACUGCACUUUGAAGAUUCUUGAUUUUGGACUGGCGAGGACUGCAGGAACAAGUUUUAUGAUGACGCCUUAUGUCGUGACUCGGUACUACAGAGCGCCAGAGGUCAUCCUCGGCAUGGGCUACAAGGAGAACGUGGAUUUAUGGUCUGUGGGGUGCAUUAUGGGAGAAAUGGUUUGCCACAAAAUCCUCUUUCCAGGAAGGGACUAUAUUGAUCAGUGGAAUAAAGUUAUUGAACAGCUUGGAACACCCUGUCCUGAAUUCAUGAAGAAACUACAACCAACAGUAAGGACUUAUGUUGAAAACCGACCUAAAUAUGCUGGAUAUAGCUUUGAGAAACUGUUCCCUGAUGUGCUUUUCCCAGCUGACUCAGAGCAUAACAAGCUUAAAGCCAGUCAGGCAAGGGAUUUGUUAUCCAAAAUGCUAGUAAUAGAUGCAUCCAAAAGGAUCUCAGUAGAUGAAGCUCUCCAGCACCCAUACAUCAACGUCUGGUAUGACCCUUCGGAAGCAGAAGCCCCACCACCAAAGAUCCCUGACAAGCAGUUAGAUGAAAGGGAGCACACAAUAGAAGAGUGGAAAGAAUUAAUAUACAAGGAGGUGAUGGAGUUGGAGGAACGAACCAAGAAUGGAGUCAUAAGAGGGCAGCCAUCUCCUUUAGGUGCAGCAGUGAUCAACGGCUCUCAGCACCCAUCGUCUUCACCGUCUGUCAAUGAUGUGUCUUCAAUGUCCACAGAUCCGACUUUGGCCUCGGAUACAGACAGCAGUCUAGAAGCAUCAGCUGGACCUCUAGGCUGCUGUAGAUGACUACUUGGGCCUUGGGGGGGUGGGAGGGAUGGGCAAUCGGUUAGUCAUGGAUAGAACUGCUUUUAAAAACAAUUCAGUGGUCAUAUUUUUGAGUGAUUUUUUUUUAAAAAAUGUAGAAUUCAUUUUGUAGUAAAGUAGUUUAUUUUUUUUUAAUUUCAAGUGUUGUAAUUUAAAACCUAAGUUGUGUUUUUAAACAGCAACAAAACUGUAUUGUAUUUUUGCUGUAAUUAACUGUAUAAUGUAAACAUAAUUAUUUUAUCAUGGUUUAAAUUUUUUGCAUAUUUGCUUUAUCUUAUGCUGCUGAUUUUUUUACUGAAUUUGUAAGAUUUUUGUUUAUCGAAGCAACUAUUAUGUGGUGACUUGCAUAUAUCAUGAAUUAUUUAAGAUGUUUAUAAGUUUUUUAUUAGAAUUUAUUUCAGAUGUUUGUUCAUGAUGCUAUCCUUAAGGGUUAUGUGCUUAUCAAUGAAAUAACCCCAGAGGAGUAAGGGAAAAUAACCUGUAGCCAGUUAUAUUCAGGAAUAACUACUGUAAAUGAUGAACGUGUCAAGAAACCUCCAAUAUUUGUUACUUGCCAAUCCCAAUUUAGUUACAACAAUUAGUAGGCAACCUUACCUAAAUUUUGGCAAACACCCUGCUCUCUAUAUGGCAGGAUAACUCAGAGCAUGUCUUUAAAGAAGCUGAGCACAUCCUACUACAUUUGGAGCUCCCCACCCUAACCCAACAAAAGCUCAAAUCAAGAAUUGUGUCUGUUCUGAGUUUUGUAGCAUGCUCAAAGCUUUCGAUCAAUUGUAUACAGUCAAGAGGAUACUUCAUGAAUAUACAUUUCAAUGCAAAUCAACAGCUGUUUCCCUUGUACUAUCUAUGAGCCUGCUUCUGUAUACACUGAGUUAAUCUCAGGCUAUAGGAUAGGUCCUGGCAUUGGUCAAGAGUCUGGAUGUCUCUUUUGUAUAGCUUCUGGCCUCUGGACCUUUCCCAGUUCCUGUUCCUUUGGAGGGUCAGUCUGUUGAGCACCAGUUUUUGGUGUUUCUGGCCAUUUGAUUCUACCUGUAGCAUAAGUCUAUUUUUACUAGCUGUCAGGAGGUUCCAAAGCCUACUUAAAUUUGUGUAGGUGAUGUUUAAAUGAGCAAUAUACCGUUCAUCUGAAAAUAGUAGCACACAGCCAUAUGUAGGAUGUCAUUUUCUAAGGACUGUUUCUUCACAGUGAGCAGAGCAGGCAUAGUGGUGGUUCUUCAGUCUUUGAUUUUUUUAUAUCUGAUUUCCAAUAGAAUACACAGUGUGAACGUUGAGUAGUGUAAGAAUGGUGCUGCUCCUGACAAGUGUGUGUUAACUGUUUACAUUUUCUAUCUACAGAAUCCUUUCUCUGUAACUGAAUUUUCCUAAGUAAAAUGUCAUCAAGGUCU